CACAAAGUCUAUAUAUAUAUGACUUGGGAUGAACAAGGUAGGUACUGCAGAAUACACAAAAGGCAAAAUCACUACCCACCAACAAGAGAAAAAAAUGUUUGGUUCGGUUUCAGAAGAAAUUGAGGUUCAAGUUUCAGCCAAUGAAGCAUGGCAAAUCUACGGAACGCUUCGGCUGCUAAAAAUCGUUCAAGAAGAACUCUCUGAUUUCAUUCACAAAGUUGAGAUUGUAGAAGGCGAUGGAAGUGUUGGCACAGUUAUCGAAAUAACAUUUCCACCGGGGACACCGGGUUUUACGUCUUACAGGGAAAAGUUUACCAAGAUUGAUAAUGAGAAUCGAGUGAAAGAAGCUACGGCGACCGAAGGAGGUUAUCUGAAUUUAGGGUUUACUCUGUAUAGAGGUCGGUUUGAAGUGAUAGAGAAGAGCGAGAAUUCGUGCAUAACCAAGUGCACAGUUGAGUAUGAAAUCAAGGAAGAGGCUGCUGCUAAUGUUUCAAUGAUUAGUACCGAGGCACUGAUGAAAGUUAUGGAAGCCGUAGCCAAUUAUCUCGUCAAAAACAAAAAGUAAAUUGUGAUAUGCAUUCCACCUUCAAAUUUGUCAGCUAUUUGGUUUAUCAAUGUUAUAAAAUAAAUUGCAAUGUAGCCUGUUUGCUAUUAUCAAUAAAUUAAACCUUUUUUUGUCAUAAA